AUGGAUGAAGUACGUGUCUUUCUCUUAGACUGCGUUAUGGCAGUUAAAGAGUUUUUAUUAGAUUGCAUGCAUGCUCUUCGUGAAGUGUUAAAAGUUGGUAAUACUUUCGCACUCCAGAUAUUCAAGAAUACCUUUUUGGCAUCUAUUAUUACCAUUGUGACCGCGUUAGUUUUAUUUUUCGCAUUUUUAGGUUGUCUUUCUGUUGCACUUAUUGGUUCGUUUGCUGUACGAUAUUACGUACUUUCAAAUGUCCCUGAAAAUCAAAUUCACCAUCUCGAUAUUAACACCAUGCCGUUUGAGACAGAACCGUGGUUAAUGCGGAAGCUGGAUCGUACUUUCUCACAUGUGUCUACUUUAUUAGAAGUAACUCCACACUCUUUUGAUAAUCAUAUUGCUGUAGGAGCAGGGGAGCUUGCGGAAGUCCAGAAGACAUCCUCAUUUUUAGAACAGGCGGCAUCUUUAAAAAUGACACUUAUAAAAAAAUAUGUUCAUGGUACUCUCGCAAAAAGUACACUAAUGAUUCCAUCGUUAGUGCAGAAAGAAGUGUUCCCUCCUGGUGGUGGGGUUUCUAUAGAGUCACUUUUUCAUCAACGUAAACCCAUGUUCAAUGCCAGAGGGACAUAUGAUGCCAAGAUGCAACUUGUAUUUGUUAGAGAAGACGUUGGACGCGAUGUAUCCAUGAUGCUUGAAUCAUCUGUGUUAAUUUCUGAUGAUUCACAUGUGCCACAGUCUAUUAGCUCUUUAGAUUCACUCUUCAAGGUCACUACAUCAUUUACCUUAACGACUGGAGAAAAACCUAUUCAUUGGUUACCUCAAAUACUUAAAAAAAGUUUUCAUUUCUUUUUUUAUAUACCCAUCGUAAUCUACAAUUCAAUUGCAUCUUUUCUGCGCUUUGAUGAAUUUCCUUUUGUUGAUGAGUCCAGUGAAGUUUCAGUUGUGACACCGGUUUACAAUAACUUUGAACCUCCUAUGUCCUUGCAACCACGACUUCGUGCGAUUAACUUUACUCUUUACCAACAUGAAGGUGAUGUGGCACAUAAAGCACAAUUGAAACGAAUGCAUUUACACACUAGUGUUCAGCUUAGUGGACUUGCAUAUUACUUUUCAGCGUAUUCCAUGGCUGCCUUUGUGGUAACAACACUUAUUUUUUUCACUAUAAGCUCUACUAUUGUUUCAGGAAUCCUAUUGGGAGUUGGAAUGGCGAUAUUAUCAUGGUAUAUGCGUAACAAGUAUUCCUCAAUGGAUAGUGAUGAAGAUGUUGAUGAUAAUGAAGAUGAAGAAGAAAUAAAAGAGUAUAGUGAGGUACAUCGAGAUAUGCAUAACCAUAGUAACUUAUCGACUUCAUUAAAUGACCCCAAAUUGUUAUCUUCUGCUCCUCUUUCGAGAAGAGAAUCAUCAUCAUUUCUUUUUUAUGAGGUAGAUCCGAUUAUAAACAGAAAAAGGAAAUCAAGAUAA